AUGUCUAAGCCGUCCGUUGGCUUCGUCGGUCUAGGUGCCAUGGGUUUCGGCAUGGCCACCCACCUCGUCUCCGAAGGCUACUCCGUCACUGGCUUUGACAUCUUCCCAGCCUCUGUACAACGCUUCCACGCGGCCGGGGGCAUCCCCGCCUUGUCGCUACGGGAUGCAGUCGUUCUGUUUGCCGAGGAAGGCAUUGUGCAGUACCUCCCCCAAAACGCCACCCUUCUUCUCUGUUCCACCGUUGCAGCAUCAUACGCCCAAUCCGUGGCAUCGGAACUACACGCGCGCGGCCGCAGCGACAUCCAUUUCAUCGAUUGCCCUGUCUCCGGUGGCGCCAAACGCGCCGCCGAUGGAACCCUCUCGAUCAUGGCCGGUGGUGCAGACCAGGCACUCCAGAGCGGGCGAGAUCUACUCCAGACUCUCUCCGCAAAGGACAAACUGUACCUUGUUCCCGGUGGCGCGGGCGCCGGCAGUAACAUGAAAAUGGUGCAUCAGGUAUUAGCGGCGAUACAUAUCCUUGGGGCCAGCGAGGUGAUGGGCUUCGCGGCACAUCUGGGUCUCGGGGCGAGAGAUACAGCGGAGAAAAUCAUUUCAUCGGACGCGUGGACAUGGAUGCAUGAGAAUCGGUUCCCAAGGAUGGUUGAGGAGGAUUGGAAUCCAGGUGCUAGUGCGUUGACUAUUAUUCUUAAGGAUGCUGGAAUCAUCACCUCCUCAGCGCGCCAGCAUAACUUCCCGACUCCCCUCUGCUCCACUGCUGAACAGAUAUACCUCUCAGCCCUGCUACACGGCUACGGUCCCAAGGAUGACUCUGCCAUGGUGCGUCAGUACUACGCCUCCCCCAUCGCUGACGUAGCCCCCGCCCACGAAGACCACAAUCAAGAUCAAACGCAAUCCCUGCGUCUGGUACUUGACCUCAUGUUGGGCAUCAAUCUCGUCGCAGCGGCAGAAGCCAUCUCGCUGGCACGAUAUCUCAAGGUCGACAUGGAUCAGUUCUACCGGUUAGUGAGCGACGCUGCUGGCGCAAGUAAGGUGUUUAUCACGGCGGGGUUGGACAUGAUUAAGGGACGGAUUGGACAGAAUGCACCUGCGGGUGAGCAGACACUGGAUGAAGCGAUUCAGAGGCUCGAAAGCGCGGUGCAAAAGGCACGCGAUAUGCAUGUGCCGUUGCAUUUGGGGAAUGGGGCGUUGAGUGUGUUGUUGAUGGCUAAGAAGGCGGGAUAUGCGACCGAGGGGAGGACAAGUGUUAUUAAGAGUUAUGGGUAUUAG